AUGUCGUCUCGUCGCUCGCAUCGUCCGGCGCCACUGCAAGCAGAACUUGCUUUCGUGCAAACAGAGGGGGAGGCCAGGGACCAUCCAAAGGAGCCUGAGCCUGCGAUCCUGCUGUCUCCGACUGGCCUUCUAUUGCAAGAGCAUGCGGCCAAAAGGCCAUGGGUGUCUGACGAAGUGAAGAACUCCAAGUACUAUCGCCGCAGCUCCCUCCAACGAAGGACGGAUGAGCGUGCAGAUAGCAUGAAACAGGAGGAAUCUGUCACAGCGACAGAGUUCUUGAAGAAGCUAAAGCAAGAGACCUCUUCGCAUGAUCUCAAGAAUCGAGAGAGAAGGUCAAGACGGGAAUCUUCCACAACCACUGGAGUUGAACCCGACGAAGAGACAGUCAGGGUAGACCGUGUCAGAUUGCUGCGGAAAGUUACACAAAACUUUGAGCUUGUCGGCAACAGCAUUUACACGACCAUCGCAGCAGAAAAGGAGUUCAUCCGUAGUCAGCGAUACACCUUCAAGUCUUUUGUCAGCGACCUCAACGACCUUUAUGUCGUCAAGAAGAUCCGGCUUCUCUUCCGUCCGUUGACUGCAGCUGUUGUCGGGGGUCGGUUUUGCAUCUUUCUGGUCGAGUGGCCUUUGUGGAGCAGCAUAGUCUUAGGGCUGGUGCUGAGCAACGCGCUGCUUCUCGCCAUCUACGACCCACUCGACGACCCCAGCACCAUGCCGAACUCUUCGCGGAGGACAACGCUUGAGGAUGGAAUCAAAGCCUUCAGCUUCUUGUUUGCCUGGGAGCUGCUCAUAUCCUUCAUCGCCCAGGGAGCCUACUUUGCGGGAAGUAACUCGUACCUGAGAAGCAACUGGCACAAGGUGGAUUUCCUCAUCGUCGCUCUGGGCAUCCUCGACUUCCUUCCUGGGCUCUCGUCCAGCUCUGUGUCUGCCUUGCGAUCGUUGCGGGUGCUCAGGCCGUUGCGGACGAUCACGCGGUUCAAUCACCUGCAGGAGCUGCUGGUGCUGAUAGUCAGGACCAUCCCGCUGCUCAAGACCAUCCUCCUCAUGCUCUUCAUCCUCUCCGUCCUCUACGGGGCCAUCGGCAUCCAACUAUGGCAGGGGAUCAUGAGGAGACGCUGCUUCAGCGUCGAGACGGGCCAGCGCUUUGGCAACCUCCUUCCCUUCUACGGCUUCGACAGGACCUGCACCCUGCAGGGGUCUGUCUCCCCGGGCCUCUUCGCCUGCCCGGCCGGGUACUCCUGCAUCGCACAAGUCAAUCAGAACCCUUACCUGGGGUUUGACAACUACGUCGCGUCCUUCAUGACUCUGUUUCAGAUCCUCAUGUUAGACGGAUGGGGAGCGAUCUGCGAUCAAAUCAUCGACGCGUACUCUCCUCUCGCCAUUAUCCUGAUCGUUGUCAUCCUCAUCACCGGGCCCUUCAUGGUGUUGAAAUUGUUUCUCGCCGUCGUCGCGUACAAACUCUGGGAGAUCGAAAACGAGAAGAGGAGGCGGAGGGUGCGGGACGUGAUUCUUUCUUGGUCCUUCCAGCUAGAGCGGAGCUGCUUCGAGCUGUGGUUCGAGAACUACAAGAUGCUGAGGCUGGCCCGGAAUGGCUCCCUGGGCGGGCUCGCGUGGCUGCGGCAUAGGAGGGAGUUGAGAACCGCCUACGAGGGUUGGAGGAAUUUCACUUUCUGCUUCGACGGCACGCAAGCCAGCAAGCUUGCCUACCUCAAGCGCAGAAACGCGCGGCGGCUGCGGCUCAAGUUGGCAGAGGAUGCGUUCAGCCUGGAGAUGAAGGUGACCCUGCUCAUGGCCACGCACCCGAGGCUGGGCAGAGACUCUCGGCUGUUCGCCCUGCAUUCGCACGUGAAGGUAUGGAAGGUGAUCUUCAAGGAGGUGUCGGAGAGCAUGAGGAGCGACCUGCUGCAGCUGCUUUACGACAAGGACUGGGAAGAGAACGCGUGGGGAGAUGCUGAGAUAGCUGCCACCUUGCGGGAGUUUCGGGUGAUCGCCAUGAGCAGGAGGGGACUCGUCGCCAUCGAUUCCUCCGCCUGGUUCGAGGCUCUCAUCGCCUUCGCCACGCUCUUCAACGGCCUGCUGCUGGCGCUGCAGCACGAGCGAGAGUCGACGCCAGGAAGACUGUGGGGAUCAGACGCAAACUACUUCAGGUUCAAAGUCUCCCUCGCUGGGGGGUUCCUCUUGGUCUCUGCUGUGUUCCUGCUGGAGAUGAUCGUGCGUGUUCUCGUUCACGGCCCCUGGUACUACUUGCAGACCCGCUGGAGGCUCCUCGACCUCCUCGUCGUCAUCGUCUGCUUCCUCCUCCUCCCGGUUGACCUCCAGGACUUCACGUGCGUAGACCAGCUGGACUCGUACGAUCAGUGCAGCUCGGGAGGAAGCAUUCUCCGAGUCUUCCGCUCCUUUCGCCUCCUCCGCCUCAUCCGUUUCCUCAAGAUCCUCAGCACCUUCCCCGAGCUGGCGCUCCAGCUGGAGUCUUCCCUGGGGGUGCUGAAGCAAGUGACCGGAGUCCUCACGCUGAUGGCGCUGAUCUUGUUCGUCUACGUCAGCAUGGGCUUGAGUCUCUUCGGAGGAAAGCUCUACCAGCCCGUGAAGCCCUACGACCUCAUGCUGGGCUCCAGCGUUUACGUGCACCUUGCGCAGACGCAGUUGGGAGCGCGAGGGCUGCCGGGGCUGGUGGAGGACAUCCAGCCGGAGAGGAGGAGGAGGUACCUGGUGUGGGUGAGGACCGGGUUCACCGACUGGGCGAGAGACUUUGACCGUGAGAGACCCAAGGAGUGGAUGACGAUUGCGUCUGAAUCAGGACAAGGGGACGCGAUCAUCUCCUCCUCCGUCCCGCGGUCAAACUUCAACACGUUCUUCUUUGCCUUCACUUCCGUCCUGCAAAUCGUCUUCAAUCGAGGAUGGCCCAGCAUCUUCUGGAACGCGGUGGAUCAGGUCGGAUUCUACUCCUGCUGGUAUUUCUACUCGCUCAUCUUCAUCGGCAACUGGCUGCUGGUCAGCGUUGGGUUUGGGAUGAUCAUAACAGGAAAGAUCGGCAGGGAGCGGGAGACGCAGGAGGAUCGAGGGAGGGUCCCUCGUCCUCGUCCCAGCCUCCUCGCGCGAGUGCUGAUGAGCAUCAGGAGGAGAGUGAUAGGAAGCUCCGAGGAGGCCGAAGCCCAGCUCGAUUCUGCGCUUUCACCAACCAAAGCUUCCAGUCGGGACAGGGAGGAGGAAGAGAUUAAGUUCACAGCGUUCCAAGUCAACCUACAGCAGACUCUGUCCUCACAGGCUUACCUGGUCCUCAAAAGUCUCGUCGUCGUGCUCUCUUGUGCCUGCACGCUGCUCGAGCGGCCCAGCAUCUCAAAAUCCGAGCGGUCGCUGGUGAUCUUCUUGUAUGCUGUGACGACGGUGCUCUUCCUCUUCGACUUUCUGCUUCACGUCUGGGGGUUCACGGCGAGGAGAUGCGUGCGGCGAGUCUCGUGGGUGGUGGAGGCAGCGUGUUUGAUGGCGGCGCUGCUUGACGAGAUCGUAUCCUUCCUCUACAGCAAGGGAGAAGCUCCAGCGGACGGGUCGAGCUCCCUUGCUGUGGUCCGAGUCUUGCGAGUCUGGUUCCUCCUGGACCUGCUGCUCUUGAGGAAGAGAGGAAAGCUGGGACUGCAGUCGUUCGAGCUCCUUCUGCGAUCCCUUCUGCACUCCGUCAGCCCCAUCCUUAACACCGUCCUCCUCAGCGUCGUCGUCUUCACCGGCUUCGCCAUCCUCGGCAUGCAGUUGCUGGGAGGGAAGCUUAAUCAAUGCUCCGACCCUGUCAUCUUCGCCAAGAGCAACUGCACUGGAAGCGACGGGCAUGCGAGGCCUCGGAUGUGGUACAGCUCUUCCCUGACCUUCGACUGGUUUGGCUCUGCCUUAGAAUCCGUCUGGGUGAUCUCAGCGGCCAACGACUGGAUCGGCUUUAUGUGGGAGGGAGUGGACGCGACGUCAACCGAAACUGGGCCGUAUCAGAACCACCAGCUUGCCAUCGCCUUGUUCUACUUCGGCGUCACCGCCUCUGCCGCACUCAUUGUCCUCAACAUCUUCAUCGGGGUCUUUGUGAGCUCCUACCAGGCCAUCCACCGGCAGGCGGAGCGAAGCCGAUCAGCUCCGAGCAAGCCGACGAGGAGCCAGCUUCCUACCAUCUUGGACGUGCGAGAGAUCAAGGACCCGAGGAAGAUUCUUUGCAGGAAGAUCAUGAGCGUGCUCCAAGAGAGGCUCGUAACCGUCAGCAACGUCUACUUCACCCUCCUCUUCGGCGCAGAGUGCUUGUUUCGCAUCUUCGCGGUUGGGCAGAGACAUUACUUCUCGUCAUACCUCAACUGCUUCGAUUACAGUGUCUUCCUCGUCGGCGUCAUCGGAUUGAUAAGCGACUCGCCUGCUCUUGGAGGAUGGAUCAGAUCUGUUCGCUGGAUCCGCGCGUUCCGCACCCUCCGCGUCCUUAAGGUCCUGGGGGCGCACAAGAUCGUCAGGUCCAUCGGAAGCAUCCGCGACGUCUUGCUCGCGUUGCAGAAAGCUGUUCCCAUCGCCCUCCACCUCAUUCUGCUCCUCUGCUGCGUUUUUUACAUGUACGGGGUCAUCGGAGUCAAGGACGAAGAUCCCAGCUCAGCGCUCACCAGCAAACUACUUGGCGCUCACACUCACUUCCGCCACGUUGGCUGGGCUCUCCUCUCACUGCUUAAAGUUGCCACUGUUGACGGAGUGAGCCCGCUGCUCAAGAAGCUUGAUCUCAGCCCUGGCGUCAGGCUGCCGGACGAGGAGACGGCGGUCAGCAAGGCCAUCGAAGCUAUGAGGAUGUGGAACAACGCGACGAGGAGCUCGCUGAGGCGAGCCUUCCUCCUCGAGGCCCGGGCCCACGUGCCCGGCUGCCUCACCUCAAGCGAGCUCGACAGAAUGCAGGAGGCAGGAGUUCUGGACUGCAGGCUGGCAGAUGAGGAGAAGGCUACUAGUUGUCGCUCGACAUGCGGAAACUUCUGGUUGUCACAGGUGUACUUCAUGUCCUUCGCCAUGGUAACUUCCUUUGUCCUCCUCAACGUGCUCGUGAGCGUCUUCAUCAUCGAGUUGCGGAGAAGUCACGACAGGUCGAAGCCCAAGAUGAUUACCAAGACGCUUGACGUCGAGAAGUUUCAUCGCAUCUGCAAACGAUGGAGGUGGAACGCGGUGCUUCGAGUAGCUUACGGGCACUGGCUCAUCCUCAACGACUACAGCUUGCAUUCUGAUAGCGCUGAAUUCACACAAGACAGUCGGUCGACCUCUACUUCCGACCUCUCAAGCCUCUCCUCCUGCGGGGGGAUCCUGCCGAGGGAGGAGGAGCUGAAGGAGGAGGAGAGCGUCUCGGAAAGCGAGCGAUCCACAGAAGCUGCGCACAAAUUCCUCAUUACGAAGGGGAAGCGCCUGAAUCGCCAGCAUGCGGACGAGGAGCAGGCGGAGAUGCACAGGCCUGAAGGAGGGCAGGCGGGCUCAGCUGCCCAUGCAGCAGCCACCAGGCAGAGCAGGAGGAAGAGUUCGGUAGCAGCACGACAUGCGGGCACGAGCAGCCUGAAGGCUCUGCGGGAUAGUCUGAACGAGGCAGACAAGGUCACUGAGAAGAUAGCAGCCUUCAAGGCUGUGAGCCGAAAAGAGCUGAGGAAACGAUGA